AUGAAGAUCCAAAUGAGGUUGCGGUGUCAGGUCGUGUUGGUGUUAAGUUUCAUUGGACUGUCGUCGGCCGAAGAUGAUUACGAGAACAAAUUAACAAAAUUAUGGUCCCUGUCAAGUGCGUCGACGAGCGACGGAUCAGCUGUUGUGAAUGUGACCAGUGCUUCGAUCCUGAUCCAGCCAACAAGCUACAGCAACGAACCGAUCCCAGCGAGGACAUCGAGGGAAUCAAAACUCCCGUAUUCGUACAAAAAGUACGCGUUUCGGCCAAGAGCGAUACCAUUAAGAAGCGAACCUCAGGAAGAAAAAACUGUCUAUUAUUCACAGGACAAUGUGAACAAGUACAAAUCUGAAGUGCUUUUCCCUGGUAAUUAUUUCCCAAUUGCCAAAGAGAAAAGCAAUGAGAAUCUCACCAGGGAUUCUUAUAACCCUUUGGAGGGAGGUCCGUUCCACCCCAAGUCCAUACCACUGAUGAGAGGGCAGAUGUUUGAGAAGAGGUCACUGGACGACGAUGAGGAACCAAUAAUCGAAAAACCUGAAGGGUUCUCGGAGGCCGUUGCAUCGAGGAGGUCUAUUUCGGAUAUCUUAGGCGUCGAUGAGGACGAGGAUUAUCAGACCGAAGUUGAAGAAGAAGAAGACGACGAUGAAGAAGCUGUGAAGGGACACAAAGGACCCCACGGCAUUAAAAACAAGAGGAAAGGAUUAAAGAAGGGGAAGAAACAACUAACCAAGUACAUGCUACCACUUCUACUGGCCUACAAAUUGAAGUAUUUUGCACUGGUCCCGUUACUGAUUGGAGGUCUUGUGCUGCUGGUUGGUGCGACGGGCCUGGCAGGGUUCUUCUUUGCACUGUUCGCAGCAGUAAUGGGACUACAGAAGGGAGGAUAUUAA